AUGGCGUUGUCUGGAAAUUGUAGAUUUUGGAUUAUUACAGGUGUGCUUUUUUUUACUUUAUUUAGUAUCAGUCAGCAGGCUUGCAAAUUUCCUGAUUGGUAUCAUGGAGAAUUCUACUCUCAAGAGAAAGGACAAGGGAAGAAAACUUUUAUCCAGGAAGACCUUUGGGGAAACUUCAGAUGUCGUGAACUGAUUAUUAUGAAUGAAACUGUGAACAAACUGACUGGUGCCAAGAAUGCAAUUAUCAGUGUAACACACGAGAGUUGUCACAAAUGUAUCUACGUACUUUACAGGACAGAAAAUGUUUUGCAGUAUAAGUCAGGUGACUGUUUUACGUCAUCAGUUUCACUUGGCGAGCCAGGCAAAUGUCGUAUUUAUAGACCAGCUUCUGAUCAGCUAAUGACUUUAUAUCGUUUGAAAAUUCGAACGGUUAGCUGCAAGACAACGUUUGAAGGCAUGUACCAUUUCACAUAUGAAAUCAAUGAAGGAGGUGGUGGUAUUUGUAACAGCAAAGAUAGUAUCAUCAGAGCUUGUCAGGAACCUGGCUCCCCUUAUGUGGACAAUCAGCUGUUUUUAAUGACUUAUGGAAAAUGUAGAGGUGUGACAAACUCCAAAUUCCAACAGUUCCGUUUUCAAUGUAUGGGGAGUUGGUAUGGAGAUGAUGGCUUCAUGUAUGCUGGUAUUGCUAAUACUGUAGCCAAUGAAGAUCGAGCCAGAUUUAAAUGUUUGUUAACCAAAAAAGAUCAGAAUCCAACAGACAACAAAUUUUUAUGGGUAAGGUCUCAAUACUCUGAAUGUUCUCUGCUAUCUGGUAUUUAUGAAGGUUACGAGAGGCUUGUUGUCCAGCCAGUUCCCCCUGUGACAUCAUAUGUGCAGCCUUCUUGCAAUUUGCCAACAAAUCUGACAGGGACCUGGUAUCAUGUUGGCGAAUACGACAGUGAUGUAGUAAUUAAUGACACCCACAUUUAUUUCAAAACCAAGUUUGAUGAAUUCAGCUAUGAAGAACAAUAUUUUUCCUGUCAACAGACCCUUGGAACUCGUUAUUUGAUGACUAAGAUUACAGUGGGCAAAUGUGAAAUGGAUUUUGUCUGUUUUGAUAUUCUCCCUCGUCAUCACAGCAUUGUCCGGUUUAGAAUUGGAAAACCAAAUCGAUUGACUCAGGAUGAAGAACAGGACAAAGAUUAUUUGCUGAAGAAAUUCCGACAAUCUUGCACUUGGCAAGCCUUUGUUCUCAACAGAGAUGAUUAUGACUGGAAAUAUGAUUACCUCAUUUUCAACCCUCCAACGCCUAUCCCCUGUCCUAUUGGUGGUCGUUACCGCUUUAUUCAAUUUGGCCAUGACAAUGAAAGAUACAAAACUCGUAUUCGAGGAGUUACAGACAAACCUCGUGUGCAAGUAGAUUGUCGUCAUAUAGAGAGUGAGGCAAAGUCCUGUACCAAAGAUAUGACAAAGAUGGAGAUUGAUGCUGAGUACUGUGAGACAGUGGAUUAUCGGGGACGGCCAAUUGGAGAAUACGAUGAGUCUGAUCAUGUGCUGAAAUGUGUCGGUUAUUGGAUGGAAGACCUUCGCUCUUAUCUAAUCACUUAUGAUGAUGAAGAUGCUGUAUCAAACUUCAGAUGUUGGGUGUAUGAACGUAUCACCUGGACAGAAGUCAUCUUGUCUCGAGGUGUCCGUGGGAAAUGCAAACGGAGUCAAACUGCACAUUCUUCUGAAGCUAGUGAUGGUGUCAGCUUGAAACUAGAAAUGCAUGAGUCUGAAAGACUUUAUGAUGAUUGUCCACAGCGUUUUGAUCCUGGAUAUGAUCCUUAUAAAAAACCAAUGACUAUUUAUGUCUUGAACAGCAGUUUCAAGAACACUGCCUUCUCUUUACUUGUUUUAAUCAUGGCUUUCGCUGCUCUGCUAAAUUUGAAUUUGUAA